AUUGCAAGAGCGCGCACCCGCGGCAGUCCGCGCGCCCGCGCGAGGCGGCACGCGACCCCGCGCUCCGCUCCGCUUGGCUCGCCGCUGCCUUGCAGGUAAUCUCCGCUAACAGAUCCGCUUCACUCUCACGAGACAGUUCCAUUGCAAGAGCGCGCACCCGCGGCAGUCCGCGCGCCCGCGCGAGGCGGCACGCGACCCCGCGCUCCGCUCCGCUUGGCUCGCCGCUGCCUUGCAGGUAAUCUCCGCUAACAGAUCCGCUUCACUCUCACGAGACAGUUCCAUUGCAAGAGCGCGCACCCGCGGCAGUCCGCGCGCCCGCGCGAGGCGGCACGCGACCCCGCGCUCCGCUCCGCUUGGCUCGCCGCUGCCUUGCAGGUCCAAAAGCUGAGCAUGAAGUCGCUCCCGAUCACGCACACACCGGCACCGGAGCCCGCGCCAGAGCCGGCGCCCGACAACUCGCUGCUCGUCGUCCGCUACGAGGAGAGCGUCUCCACCGAAGAGCCUGCGCCGAGGAACCCGCCACCACCGACCGCUCCUCCAGUGUCCCGCAAGCGGCCUCACAGCACCGACAGCGACGACGAUCGCCUCGUGAUCGACGAGCCCGGCCCCGCCUCCACUGGCCCCGCCCCCUCGUCCGCUGGCCCCGCCCCCUCAGGACAGGGCGUGGCCAAGAAGCGCACCGGCGCCGCGGCGGGCGGACAGUGCCCGUUUUGCGACAUGACCACCAAAUACAGUCAUGUGCUGAGAGAUCAUAUUUGCAGCCACUACCGAGUGAAGCCAUACACGUGCACCGCGUGUGGCUUCCAAGAGAACAGGAACAAAGUGCGCGCGCACGCCGCCGCCGCGCACCGCGGGCACAACCCGCUGCUCCUCGUGCGGCCCACCACGCUGCCGCCGCAGCCGGUGGACCAGCCCUGGAGCCCUGCGCCGCUGGCUUGCCUGGCCUGCAACGAGGGCCUGUCACAGGUGAGACCCCCGGCCUGUGGACCGGCUACCAGAACAGGAACAAAGUGCGCGCGUCGCACCGCGGGCACAACCCGCUGCUCCUCGUGCGGCCCACCACGCUGCCGCCGCAGCCGGUGGACCAGCCCUGGAGCCCUGCGCCGCUGGCUUGCCUGGCCUGCAACGAGGAACAGGAACAAAGUGCGCGCGUCGCACCGCGGGCACAACCCGCUGCUCCUCGUGCGGCCCACCACGCUGCCGCCGCAGCCGGUGGACCAGCCCUGGAGCCCUGCGCCGCUGGCUUGUCUGGCCUGCAACGAGGGCCUGUCGCAGGAGAACAGGAACAAAGUGCGCGCGUCGCACCGCGGGCACAACCCGCUGCUCCUCGUGCGGCCCACCACGCUGCCGCCGCAGCCCGUGGACCAGCCCUGGAGCCCUGCGCCGCUGGCUUGUCUGGCCUGCAACGAGGGCCUGUCGCAGACCGGCUACCAGGAGAACAGGAACAAAGUACGCGCGUCGCACCGCGGGCACAACCCGCUGCUCCUCGUGCGGCCCACCACGCUGCCGCCGCAGCCUGUUGACCAGCCCUGGAGCCCUGCGCCGCUGGCUUGCCUGGCCUGCAACGAGGGCCUGUCGCAGCUCGUGCCCUCCCAAGACCGCGGGCCCACCCAGCUCGUGGCCCCCAAGCUCGUGGCCCCUCGCUCUUGGCCCCUAGCUCGUGCCCCCCGCCCGCUCGUGGCCCCCCAGCUCGUGCCCCCCCCAGCCCGUCGACCAGCCCUGGAGCCCUGCGCCGCUCGCCUGCCUGGCCUGUCGCAGGAGAACAGGAACAAAGUGCGCGCGUCGCACCGCGGCCACAACCCGCUGCUCCUCGUGCGGCCCACCACGCUGCCGCCGCAGCCCGUGGACCAGCCCUGGAGCCCUGCGCCGCUGGCUUGUCUGGCCUGCAACGAGGGCCUGUCGCAGACCAUGGGCCCACCCAGCUCGUGGGCCCCCAGCUCGUGGCCCCCAGCUCAUGGCCCCCCCCAGCCCGUCGACCAGCCCUGGAGCCCUGCGCCGCUCGCCUGCCUGGCCUGCAACGAGGGCCUGUCGCAGGAGAACAGGAACAAAGUGCGCGUGUCGCACCGCGGGCACAACCCGCUGCUCCUCGUGCGGCCCACCACGCUGCCGCCGCAGCCCGUGGACCAGCCCUGGAGCCCUGCACCGCUGGCUUGCCUGGCCUGCAACGAGGGCCUGUCGCAGAUAUCCGCCGACAUUCACCGUCUCUCGCACCCCAACCACAUGGUCGUGCCCAAGACCGCAACCGUUAUCAAGUGCACGACGUGCGGCACGCGGCACGCGAGCGCCGCCGAGGGCCGCGAGCACGCCGCUCGCGAGCACGCCGGCCAGCCGCGCGCGCUCGCCACCUACCGAAUGCUCGCCGACGUGCGCCGCUGCCUCUACUGCAACAACUGCGCGGCCACCUACCGAGAGAUGGCGCUGCACAACAAAACCGCACACCCUGACCUACCCCCUGCAAUCAAAGAAGAACUGCAACUCAGCUUUAUAGCUAAGCUGGACGACGACGAACCCCCCAAGAAAGUCGCCAAGAAAUCCACCACAAAACUACCCGCGCAAACCGUCGCAAAGAAAUCUACCACCAAACUACCGUUCUUCUACUACGACGAGUCUGACGUGGAGGAAUACUCGUACUACGGUACCAAACCGACCCCGAUAGAAAAUUACGAGAACGUCACCACUCUUAUGUCGUUCUGUAAUACCAUGGUGCCAUUUACCAUGAAGAAAUUGAGUGAGAUCAUCGAAAUUAACCCCCGAGUGAUUGUUGAGGAUUUGGAAAAGAAACCCACUCAUCAGUGAGUGUUUUUAAAUUGAUCAGUGAAAGUGAGUGAUGUAAAACUAGCCAUGACAUGGCGAAAAUCUGUGAUUUUUUAACAUUAUUAUAGCGGUGUGUUGGAUUAUGUAUACACAUCUGUGUAAUGUCAAUUUGUAUUCAAAGUUUAUAUUCGCAUACCAGUUGUAUAUUUGAAGUAUUAUUAAUGUAUGUGUCUAAAGUAUAAAUAUCGUGUAUAUCCUAGAAUUUAGUUAGAUUCGAUUCACAGUUAAACUGUUUUUAAUGUCUGAAUUUAUAAGUAGAUAGAUAUAGUGCUAAGAACGAUUUGUCUGUUUACACACAAUCCAACAUAGUGCUUUCAAAUAUUUCUAGUUGUAGGUUUAAAUAGUGAUUGUAUUGAAAUAGGGUCGGCGGCAUUUGUUUUUUUUUUUGUUAAAAUAUCUCUAUGAUUCUGAUUUUUUUUGUGUCAUAAUACAUGAACACUUCUAGUAUUUUGUUAGAUUAGGCAAAAAUAUAGUUAACUCUAUUGAAAUGAGAAAAAUUUAGCUUAACCAAAAGACAUCUAUGCCAGUUCAAUAUGGCGCAGUAAGUUGACUUAAUUUUUUAGUUUAUUAGUUAUAAAUACGCUGUAAUUGUCCUAUACAAUUUGUAUUUAUUUUGUAAGUUGUUUUCGAACAUAGAUCUAAUGUUUAUGACCAGAAUGAGUGUUUCGUGGUACGCCAUAAAACUCAAGUGUUGCAAGAAUAAUCUAAUUAAUUUGAUUGUUGACAAUUAGUCAAGUCUGAAAAUAGUUCUUACUUGACCAAUUGUUAAAAAAAUCUAAACAAGUUCCUAUAAUGAUUUUCCUAUUUACUAUACAAGUUAGACUUUAAUUUGUUCUUUUUCACAGUUAUAGGUAAUUUACUAGGUAAUUUUAAUCUUUGAGGUGUUUCAGAAGUAACAAUUUGUUGUAUACAACUGCACUAUGGUGCUAGAAUGAAGCUUGAUGUGCCAUCAUCUACAUAUUCAAUGUAACUUAUAUUACCAGUGUAAGUGCUUUUAUGUAUUAGUUAAAAAUACUAAUAACUGUUCACAUACCAUAUUAUUAACCUUAUCAUCAAUUUAUGUAAUUUUUGCAGCAAUUGAGUUUGUAUCGCGCGUGGAAGGACCAGGAUGGUCCCGUACUGAUUUGUUGUAACGUUUAUUAGACUUGUAUGGAAAUUCUCAUUGUUUAGUCAUUAGUUUACGCCAAAGUCUCUUCCAGACUAUUAAAUUUUUUCACGAUUA